AUGCUUAGAAGUGCGGCACUCAUCUCACUGUCGAGCGUGCUGGCUCUCACCUUCUCCUUAGAAUGGCCGAUAUCACCUCGUAUACUGGGUGGAGAUGAGGUAGAAGACAUCGAAAGUUUCCCUUGGAUGCUCAGCUUACAGGUAUGGGGUGUUCACAGGUGUGGAGCGUCCAUCAUCGGAGACCGAUGGGCGCUGACUGCAGCCCACUGUGUCGCCGGCUCCAGUGGUCCGGCAGACCUAUCGCUGCGGGCUGGUACCGUGUCGCGUGAAUUGGCGGGCUGGGUCAUCGGCGUUGACCUCAUUAAGGCACACCCGGAAGCCAAGCUAUGGAGGAACGACAUCGCGCUCUUACGCGUGCCGAGAGACUUCCCUUUCGGAACCAAAGUCCAGGUAGUGUCUCUAUCCUUCUUUCACCACUUAUUUAUUGCUACAUCGACAGUAUGA